ACAUGGCUUAAAUAGAGAUCAUCGCCAUCCCGCCAUUAACUAUUCCUAUUCCUCCAUUGAUCCUUUCUUUUGCCAUUAAUUUAUUCAUAUCCGUUGAUUUUAUCUCAACCCAUCUGUUAUCACCCCCUUCGAAAACAAAAUCGACACUCAUUACAGAGAAAAAAAAAAACAAAAAAUCGAUACAAUUUUGUAAGAUUUCGAGGGAAAUCAUUGAAACCCAGAGAGAAAAGUAGGGGGGGAAUUAAUGAUCUUCAUGAGGUGGGUAUUCGUUCAACAAUGGGAAAUGUAACCUCAAACGUAGCUGCGAAAUUUGCAUUUUUCCCACCUGACCCACCAUCGUAUGAUGUUUUCAAAGAUGAAGAUGAUCCUAGAAAUGGGGGAACAAGGUUCGUUUUUACAGGAAUUACAGCAGAUAAAAACGUUGAUGUUCAUUUGCUUGAUACAAAGGGCGGGAAUAAGGUUGUUGCUACUUUCUGGAAACACCCUUUUGGGAAGUUGACCCUGUUAUACUCUCAUGGAAACGCCGCUGAUUUGGGUCAAAUGAAAGACCUCUUUAUUGAGCUUAGAGCUCAUCUCCGAGUCAAUAUUAUGAGUUAUGACUAUUCGGGAUAUGGAGCCUCUACCGGCAAGCCAUCUGAAUUUAAUACGUACUAUGACAUAGAGGCCGUCUACAAUUGUUUAAAGAACAAUUAUGGAAUCAAGCAGGAAGACAUGAUCUUGUACGGACAAUCCGUUGGCAGUGGGCCCACGUUACACUUGGCUUCUCGACUUCCAAGAUUGAGAGGUGUUGUCCUACACAGCGCUAUUCUUUCAGGAAUACGUGUUCUUUAUCCCGUUAAAAUGACAUUCUGGUUCGACAUAUUUAAGAAUAUAGACAAAGUACAAAAAGUCAGCUGUCCGGUACUAGUUAUACAUGGUACAAACGACGAUAUAGUUGAUUUUUCGCAUGGGAAACGAUUAUGGGAACUUGCAAAAGACAAAUACCAUCCGUUGUGGGUCCAAGGUGGAGGUCAUUCCAACCUCGAAAGUUACCCAGAGUACAUACGACAUUUGCGCAAAUUUAUAAACGCGAUGGAAAAACUGUCUUCGAAGCAGAACAACCAACGGCUUUCUUCGGUCCCCAGUAUCAGGGAAGUCAAGCACAACAGGUGCUUGAGAUUCGGAAGAAGAUGAUGAUCGUGUUCUUCUCUCCAUUCGUGUUUAUGUUUUCUUAUUUAUGCUCGCAUAUCUGAUCGUGAUUGUAAUUAGAAUGUUGAUGUUUAUGCAGAUGUUUAGAAAUCUUUGUUGUUGUUCAAUGAAAAAAUCAAAUUUUGAAGAGC